UCUAUCCCUGAUUGGAAUGCGAGAGGAGAAUGGGGAGGAACAGAUUUGUCUAUCCAGAAUGGAUAUAAUCUCAACAACUUUUGCUGCGCCGAACUCAUCAGAGGAUACGAAUUCCACGAGUGCCCCGAGGCCUCUGCCUCACUCCCAGAGCGCGGCCGUCUUCAUCGUGCUCAUGGUCACUGUUAUCAUUCUGGUGACGAUCGUGGGAAAUGUACUGGUUGUGGUGGCCGUUUUCACCAGCCGUGCGCUCCGUGCGCCGCAGAAUCUCUUCCUUGUCUCCUUGGCAUCGGCAGAUAUCUUAGUGGCUACCUUGGUCAUACCUUUCUCCCUCGCCAACGAGGUCAUGGGUUACUGGUACUUUGGGAGCACCUGGUGUGCCUUCUACCUGGCCCUUGACGUCCUCUUCUGCACGUCCUCUAUUGUGCACCUCUGCGCCAUAAGCCUGGACAGGUACUGGUCUGUAACCAAAGCUGUUAGCUAUAACCUGAAGAGGACGCCAAAGCGUAUUAAGUGUAUGAUCACCGUGGUCUGGGUCAUAUCUGCGGUCAUCUCUUUCCCACCGUUGCUUAUGACCAAACACGACAAGCACGAGUGCUUGCUCAACAACGAAACAUGGUAUAUUCUCUCAUCUUGCCUGGUCUCAUUUUUCGCCCCUGGACUAAUCAUGAUUCUGUUGUAUUGUAAAAUAUAUAGAGUGGCCAAGCAGCGCGCAUCGACCGUGUUCGCGGCCAAGAACGGGAUGGAGAGACAGCCUUUGGAGUCGGAAACUUGCUUUGUGCCCAGGGGGAAAUUUGAGGUGGAGAGCCCCAGCAGCCCCAGUUUAGGUGGCCACCCACGGAAAGGAGAGCUGGACGAUAUAGACCUGGAAGAGACCUGUGCCCCCGAUAGCAAACCCAAGAAAUGCCACUUCUCCAAGAGAGGGAAAGUGGAGGGACCGAACACGUUCACAAAACAGAGUUGCCGCGCGCCAUCGGCUUCGAAACGCAACGCACAGCUCUCUCAGGACCAAAGGACGAGACAGAUGUCACUGUCAAAGACAAAACUGGCACAGAUGCGUGAAAAGCGCUUUACAUUUGUCCUUGCAGUGGUGAUGGGGGUGUUUGUACUCUGCUGGUUCCCAUUCUUUUUUACAUACAGUCUGCACGCAAUAUGCAGAGAUAGUUGCCCGAUUCCGGAUGCUCUCUUCAAUCUGUUUUUCUGGAUUGGUUACUGUAACAGUUCAGUGAACCCUAUAAUUUAUACAAUAUUUAAUCGCGAUUUUCGGAGAUCUUUCAAAAAGAUCAUAUGCCAGACUUCACACACAUAACGUUUAUUUCAAUCACCCCCCCCCCCCCGUGUGUGUCUCUGUGUCUCUGUGUCUGUGUGUCUGUCUGUCUGUCUGCCUGUCUGUGUGAAUGAAUAAAAUAGAAAAAUAGAGAGAGAGCAAGGAGUGAGUGCCUGCUUACGUUCUGUUGCGUUUAGUAUCUGUCAAUUGAUUAGCCUACUUAGGAGAUGUGUAACACUUGUUUGUAGAAUACUGCAAUACUAUUUUUUUAAAUUUAACCUACUUUUUACGUCUUGUAACAUGGACUUCAAAUUUGAAGAAGUGAGUUUGUAACCUCCAGAUGAUG